AUGGCGAUGCUUUUGCUACUCAGUGUGUUGUCAAUUGUGGCGGUAGGAACCGUAGCAUUUAAGCCAACCAUUGGUCAAGGAGACGACCCAUCUAUGUAUACUCAUGAAAGUAUCACACUGGAGGGUAUUGACAAGGCCGCUGCCGAUUUCCUGAUGUCAAAUGGCUUUGUGAACACUACGAAAACGAAUCAUUAUGAGAUUGUCAAGGAAUAUUUCGGAUCGGAUACAAAGAGUUACCAGGACUACCAACAAAGAGGUCACGAGUUUGCUCUAGCUGUAAUGAAAGUUUACAAAAGUUAUCAUUUGAACCCGGAUUACACUGUCAAUUCUGAACGGAUAAUUGAAGCUGACAGUCUUGUCCAGUCAACACGAUUACAGAUUGCAUCCAUCCUAUCAAAUGGAACGUUGGAGGAUGCAUCCACGGCACUUUUGAUCGAUAAAGUGGGGAAAUGUUUGAUGAUCAUACAGUCGUUCUACAGCAACACAAAUUGGAUAGAGAUGAUGGUAGAUGGCGGAGAGUCCUUUCUGACAUUUGGGACCCUGGCAUCAACUCAUCAGAACGUGGUCGCCACAGGAACUGCAACUUGCCGCAACUGUGACGACAGCAUCCCGAACUCGUGUAACAACAAUUUGUUGGUUAAGGAUCGUCUAACAAGUGGAUAUCUGUAUAGCCAGUCUUCCGUCCCAAAACCAAAAGGUGAUCCUCGUGCUACUGAGGGUAAAUGCAGUCAUGGUGGAGUAAAUGACUUCGGUAGGAAUACUCCAGCAACAGGAGGGAUAAACAAAGAAACACCAGAUUGGAACUGGUCCCCACAUGCUCAUCUACACAACAUGUCCGGACAAACUGCCGUUCAAGCGACGGCAGCAUUCUUCAUAGACGCAACAACGGGAUUGCUGUCUGGUAUUGGGCAAACCAUGAUGAUAGACGUCUUUAAACUGAAGAGACAGGUACAUGAGUUAUCUAUGGGUUUUGUGAUUGACGUCACUGGGUCAAUGGCUAAUGACAUAAAUUCUGUGAAAAACACACUUAUCGGCUACUUGUCUGCAGCCAUUGGAACUCCGAAUGCACCACACAAAUACGUUUUGUCAACAUUCAGCGACCCCGCAAACCUUACCACACUUUUCGUUACAACUGACGGCCACGAAAUGAUACAAAGGAUAGAAAGACUGACAGUAGGUGGAGGAGGCGACUGUCCAGAAUACACGAUAUCUGGGGUAUUAACAGCUAUCAAUGCCUCGGAUCCAUAUUCCCUUAUCUAUGUUGCCACUGAUGCUGAUGCCAAAGACGCUAAUAUGACAGACGACGCUAUAACAGAAGCAAAUGCUAAGCAUAUCACUCUUCAAUUCAUACUCACAGGGAAUUGUUCUAGCGCAAGUCGACGUCGCAGAGAAAUACACGUCCGACAAACAAGAAGUGUAUUCUCAGACCUUGCCCUGCAUACUGGAGGCCAUGUUUAUCAUGUGGAUCAUAGCGAGGUUACCGCAACUCUUGAUCAUGUGCUCGAGAAAGAUUUUCCCUCCUCAGAGGCGAUCAUUGAUUACUUCGUCCAGACAUCCACGGACAGCGACACAAUGAACAUCACUGCCGAUAGUGAGGCAGCCGUUCUCGUCGUAACCAUAGAAGGACCGUUCAGCGAAUACCAGGCAUCGUUGUAUCUUCCAAAUGGUACAGAGCAAUCAUUCCCUACAUCACGUGCUACAAGAUACUAUUCCAGUCAUAAAAUUACAAUGUCAAUUCAGAGACCCCCUCCUGGAAUUUGGAAAUUGACCCGAUUAACACAUUCCACAUGGAAAGUGAAUGUGACAGCAUCAACCUAUUUGGAUAUCGACAGUCAGCUCAAAGAAGUCGAAUAUGGAAUAUCUUAUGUAGUGGACCGUAAUCCUAUAAUGGGUAAGAAUUACACUCUGGAAGUCCUCGUCUACAAUCUAAACACAUCGGCGUCGGGUUUUCAUCUGCAUCUUUUAGACGAACAAGGAACAGUCAUGUAUAGUCAACCUGUGAAUAUAAUAUUCAGUUCUACAAAAAUUACUGGAUAUAUGGAAAUCGUUACUCCAAAUAAGAGCUUCUAUGUACAGUUAAGCGGUAUCGAUCAAAAUGGUUUCCAGUUCAAGAGAAUGUCAAGAAAACUUACUACACCUGUUGGUGUGGAUUUAUAUGUGACCCCAAUACUAGUUAACCUUGACACCGGAAUACCACACAAUAUUACAUAUACAUUAAGUAACUUGGGCAGAUCCACUCAGACCUACACCGUUAGCAUCACUGAUGAUAAAGGCAGGGUGUUAAGUCCAACAUCUCAACAACAGAUAUUGCCUCCUGAGAAUUCAACAACUGGAAAUUUUCAGAUACUAAGUUCCAACGAAUUGGAAUUUGUAACUUACACAGUAAGUGUGAAGCUGUCAGGAUCUACGGAUAUCCUUCAAUCAAGCACGUCUACUGUGAUGUUUGCUGGACCCGUGUGUUCCUCAAUCAUUUCUCAAAAAUGCAGAUCGGCAAACACAAAAACUAACUGUUCGAUAUUCACGUGGUCAGCAACAGCUAUCUUUUCCUUCGAGGUAGCAACUUACACCAGCGUUCGAAACAUUUCAAUGACCAUUGACCCGGUCAAUGCGAAACGUUUACAACUCAGUGGCGAUUGCUGUCAAAGAAACUUCUCUGUGACUGCUAGACCAUCAGUCGGAAGCGGAUGUGAAACAUCAGAGAACGUGGUCGCAUCAGGCGAUCAAGUUGUAAUAAAUGAGGUUAAAAUUCCUGAUAUAACAAAGAUCCCAGGGACUACUACAGAAACUCCGGAAGUUACUACAAAUAUUCCUGAGGAAACAAAAGAAGUCGUUUCUCAUCAAAGUUCCAACCAAGCUGUUUUUGUUGGCAUUGGAAUCGGGUCUGCAGCUGCAGUUGCCAUCCUAACCGUUGCAGCGGUGGGAUUAAUAAUUCGUAUGAAAAAAUCUAGGUCAUCGAAAAUACACCAUUCCCAGGAAAUCAACAAUUAUCCUAACCGGUAUGAAAAUGUCAUCAAGCCAAAAUUCAAUCAAUCUUCCCUGGAUUUUUAG